UGUGGUUUUGUUUUACACCAUCAUUAGCGAGAAGAAGAGUCAUUUAUGAUUAGCUACAAGUGUACUACAUCUGCCAUAUGUAGUUCGAUAUUAUUUUGAUACACAGACCCGAACAAGAAGAUAAAAAAUGUCGGAUAUAUUAUGCAGAUGGUUGAAUUCAGAACUGCGGCUGUCAAAAUCCAUCGAACCAAGAUCCGUUUCCAGGGACUUUGCCAAUGGGUAUCUUAUCGGAGAGGUGCUGCACAAAUACCAGCUCCAGGAGGAUUUCGAUCAGUUCCUAAAGAGCAGCACCGCGACCUCCAAGCUGAACAACUUCACCCGCGUAGAGCCCACCCUGCAGCUCCUAGGCGUGCCCUUUGACCUGACGGUGGCUCGGGCGGUGAUGCAGGAGCGACGUGGUGCUGCCACGCAGCUGCUCUACCAGCUCUACAUCCUGCUGCAGAAGAAGAAGAAGAGCGGGGUCACCGGCACCGCCAUGGAAACCAUGCGCCCCGCCGCCACCGGAGUGCUGCACCGCGUGGAGGCCGCCAUCUACUCUGAGCGACUGAAGACGGUGGUGAAGAGAGAGGCAGACCUGAAGCUGCAGAAGAUCGCUCUGCAGUACGAACAGCAAGGUCUGGAGAUGUACGACCGCUCGCUCGCCUCACAGCUGGUGGACGAGCAGAAACGCCAGGCGAUUCAGGAGGAGAUCAGGCUGCAGGACAUUGAGAAGCAUCGCCUGGCUCGCCGGAGGCAGAUGGAGAUCAUGUCUCGUAUCCAGACGGCCGUGGUCCAGAUUCCCCGGCCUCCUCCUAGCCUGUCCUUGAAGGCCCAGGAGAAACGCCAGAAGCAACGUCGGAGGCAGGAAGCCCAGAAGGUCCAGGUGGAGAUCGCCCAGUUUGAGAAGAACAGGAAGAAGCUCUCUCCUGCUAGAGGUGCCACUUCCUCCUUAAGCCCCCAGCAGCAGUUCCUCCUCUCCAGGGAGGGUGCAGGCGGAGGGCAGCAGUCCCAGGCAGGCAGGCCCUCGGUGGGGCUCGCGGCCCAGGCCACCAGCCAGUACAUCCAGGAGAUCCGGCGUAGGCUGGAGGAGGACGCGUCGGCACGGCAACAGAGGGAGAGGAGACGCAGCAAGGUCCUGGUGGAACAGCUGAGCGCCCACGAGGCCCAGGAGGAGGCGCUGCGUGAGGAGCAGCUGGUGGAGCGACUGACGCGUCAGUCCCAGCAGGAGCGCCGCCUCGCAGUGCAGCUCAUGCAGCUGCGCUCCCAGAAGGAGGUUCUGCGGCAGAACCGCGUGUUCCGCGAGCAGCAGCACCAGGAGCAGAGGGAGAGGGACUUCCAGGAGGCGCUGGAGAGGGAGGCGGCCCUGGCCAGGCAGGCUGUUCUGGACUACGCUGAGGAGAACCGCAGGGAGAUCGAGCUCCACGAUAGGAUGGCGGCCCAGAGGGCGGAGUCACGCUACAGGAAGCACUUCGUCAUCUGCCAGGAAGUGCUGCAGCAGGUUGUGGACCUGGCGACCAAGGUUGGCGAGUACCGUCUCCUCACAGGAAAUCUGAUCCCAGCCAAGCUGAUGAGUGAGUGGAAGGAGCUGCUGUUCUGUGGGAAGCCUCUCUACCCAGCCACCCAGGACCUGAACACCUCUGACCCCCUGCUGACCUCUGACCCCCCGCUGACCUCUGACCCCAGCCCACAGCUGCUGCUGGAGAUGGAGAAGAUACACAUCCUCAACCAGCAGGACUACGAUGAGUACACGACCAUGACAGGGGAGUGGGCGUGGCCCGAGGUUGCCGGGGAGCCCAAGGCCCCGCCCCCCAACAACAACAUCCUGGGUCAUGUGGUCAUGCGGCUGACCAGCAUGGUGUGCCCGCCCGCCCCCCCCGCCCCGCCCCCCUCCUGCGGCCCCCGCCACCCCCUCAGAGCCUGUGUGCUGGGGAAACUCUUCUCUGGGAAGACCACCUGUCUGAAACACAUCGCUCAAGUCCAUGACGUCCACAUCCUGUCGGCCAACAAUCUGGUGCAGGAAGCUCUUAUGGCGUAUCGGACUGGCGAGAUGCAGACAGGAAGUGAGUUGUCGGCGUUGGCCCAGCAGGGCGGGGCAGUGGAACGGGUCCUGAGGAAGGGCAAAGCCGUCCCUGACGAGCUCCUCAUUGACAUUGUAGCACACGCCAUCAAGGGGGUGCCAGCGGACGUGGGCUGGGUCCUGGACGGGGUGCCGGUCAGCGUGGCCCAGGCCAGGCUGCUGGAGGCGGCCUUGGGCGGAGCAGCCCUGGGCGGAGCAGACUCUCUGGACAAGGACAAGAAGAAGAAGAAGCCCCCCAGCCUGGCACUCGAACCCAAUGCACCCAAAGACCCGCCCCCUCCCACCCCCGUCCUGGACCUGGUGCUGCUAUUGGACGUGUCGGACGACCAGAUCCUGAAGCGUGCCGCCAGACAGGCCUGUGAGGAGGAGAGCAGGGAUCGCCUGGGAGGUGAUGCCCCAAAAGACCCUGCUGAGAGCCCCAGACAGGCCCAGGCCGAGCCCCAGGCCCAGGCCCGGGCCCAGCCCCUCACCAUCAGGGACAAGAGCCUGGAGAAAAAGCAGAUUCAACACAGGAUCACAUCCUUCCAGGACACCUGGCCCAAGCUGGAGAAGUGGUUCUCUGGGAAGCAAAGCAUUCUAGUCCGCAUCGACGCCGAGCUAGAGGAGAGGGAGCUCUUUAGGAGGGUGGAGGCUGUGCUGUUCAAACGCCCGACCCAACCUGAGAACGUGGAGGAUGUGGGGUUAGAUGGUGAGAAGACUUCAGAUGCCUCCUCCACCCAGCUACACCUCCGGCCACAAGAGGGCACCCCAAACAGCUCCUCCACUCAGCUCCACCCCCAGCCACAGGAGGACCCGCUAGACGGCUCCUCCACCCAGCUGCAACUCCACCCCCAGCCACAAGAGGGCGCUACAGAGUCGAGCGAAUCCACGGUGGCCGUGAAGAAAUCCACCUCACGUUCCCCCAAAGGAGGUGCCAGGAAGUUGUCCGUGACGAGUUCCUGUGGGGGUAAGGCCAGCCCCUCGGAGCCCCCCAGCUCUGCUGACUGGGUCUACGUAGACGAACCCCUACCUGAGGAGACCCCCCACUUCCUGGUUCCCCACUGGGAGAACGUGUGCGAGGCGUACGUGUCCAACAUCAAGACGGUGAUGCAGAACCUGCGCCGAGAACGUAUCGUCAUCAUACACCACCUGUUCAACAUCAGAGAGGAGUACAAGCAGUUCCUGUGUCGUCCUGACCUGAAGCAGGAGUUUGUUAGCCAGUGGCAGCAGGACUUCAACAGCCUUCCUGACGACAUGAGACCUGACGAGGAGACCAAGGCUGAGCUGCAUCAGCGCCUCGACGAUCUCCUAGAGCGCCUGUGGGACAUCUGUGACCGCCGCCGGGAGGAGGCGGGGCAGGAGAGGGCGGUCGUCAUGGGCGACGGUUGGCUUGACGACCACACGGGCAUCCUGAUCAACCACUACUCCACCCUGAUGCAGGUGGAGGUGGACAGGUUCCAGGACUCGGUGUUCCUGCUCAGGGACUACUACGCUGGCAUGUACCAAGACGUGCUGCCUGACACCGGGCCAGACUUCACCUGCCUCCCUCUUCUGGAUCUGGCUGAGCUGGAGGAGUCUGACAGCGCUGAGAGAGGCUCCAAGAGCGCCGGGAGCAAGAAGGAGCACGAAGGAGAGGAGAAGAAGAAAACACAAGUGGUGCCCCUGAUCUCCCGGAGGCCCCUCUCUACAGAGAGCUCGUCCAGGCAGAGGAACGCCCACGACCCUGAGGACAAGACCCUGCAGCACAUCUACAGCACCGCCCUCGCUGCCAUCAACAACAUCGUGUGUGUGGAGGCGCAGCAGCGCGAGGUGGAGGAGGGAGAGGAGGUGCAGAGGCAGCAGGAGAGAGAGAGGCUCCAGAGGCCGUCCCAGGCCUCCGCCCUCCCGCCAGACGGAGACAAGGACAAGAAGAAGACAGGGAAGAAGAAAGGCCCCCCCUCCCCGGUAGAGGAGCCCAGCCCCCCCCCUGCCCCUCUGUUGAAGGGGGAGUCGGAGGUGAUGCUACGGCUAGCGCUGAGGGCCAGGAUCAGACAAGAGUAUGCAGCCGCACUGCAACACGAAGAAGCAGCAGUGAAGGUGCGUGUGGAUCUGAUUCGUGCGUGUGCUCUCGUGGUGCUACGGAGCCUGCAGAAGGGGGCGGAGCAAGCCUUCAAGGCUAUGCAGGAUUGGCUUGGAGCCCGCUUCCUGUCUGAGAUGACCAGCAUCGACCAGCUGGCGGAGGUUGUCCGUCACCAGAUCGAGGCGGGCUCGCCGCUGCCUAAUGAGCUGGUGCUGGAGAAAACAGACUUCUGGGUGGACGGAGACCUGCGCGUGGUGGCCAGUCCCCCGCCGCCCCCCCAGCCGGCCCCCCUAGAGGAGCCCCUGGACGGCAGCCUGAGUCUGAGGCAGCUACACGCCCUGCUGCAUCAGCUGCAGCAGGUGGCGCCCUCAGGUGUGGUGUCUGGGGAGCAGUUCUCUGAGGUGCUCCAGGACCUCACCUGUCUGGACCUGGGAGGGGACGCCCUGCCAGAGCCCUGGAUGCUGCUGUCCCAGCCCCAGCUAGCUGAGCUGGUCUCCAUGGUAACCCAGAACAGCGCUAUGCUGGACUGGCGCCAGUUCCUGCUAAGCUCCGCCCUGCCCUGGCCCCGCCCCUCGCUGGCCCAGCUCCUGGACACCCUGCAGCGCUUCAAGAUGGCUGACGCCCAGGGCACGGGAUACGUCAUGGAGGAGCGCUACCUGCAGACUGACCUGUGGUUCCCUGCUGUGCGCUCCCUGCCCGCCCCUGAAGACCAGUCAGAACCGUUACCUUACAACCGCCUGGCCCACCUGCACAAGUUCUUCUUCCGGCUGUUCUCGGACGGCUCGUCCACCCCUCCCCGUCUGGACUACGUCAGGAUGCUGCUGUACAUGUCCGCCCACCCAGACCCCCCCCAGGGCUUCACCAGGGCGCUCAGCGUGGUGCUGGGCCGGGCCCUGCCCCACCCCUCCUUCUCCAGGCUGCUCAAGUCAGUACCUUGCCUGGAGGAAGGAGUGAGCGAGGCAGUGGAGGAGGAGGAGGAGGAGGAGGGCGAGGUGGGCGUGUCCGUCGGGGCGCUGCUCAGGGUGGUGUGUCACGGGGCAGGCCGCGCCGCGCGGUACAGCCGCUUCCAGCCCCGUCUGCUCAGCCCUGAGGAGGAGCACCGGGAGGAGCUGGUGAGGGUUUUCAGAGAUCUGGGCCUCCAGCCUGAUGCAGAGGCUCCCUUCUCCCUCCUAUCCCAGCAUCCUCUGCUGCAGGACCUCAUGGAGUCUGCCACGCAGCACCAGCUCAUAGACAUCCCCAGACUGCUCCAGGGGGGGCAGUAGAGAGCAGCAGACCCUCUCACACGCUGACCCUGGGAGAACGCCCCAAACCACCACACCCUACCCCACACAAUCCCUCACCUUAGCCCACACCUACCCCACCACUACCCCACCCCACCCUACCCCACACAAUCACUCACCUUAGCCCACACCUACCCCACUCGAUUCAAUACUAAUUACGUUUAGAAAUCAAUAAUCAACUCGCUCAAGUUGCUUAGAAAAGU